AUGUGUGUGACAGAUAGCUUCCCAACGCAGCAGACGCCGUCGGGCGCUCUGCAGCAGGAGGCGACGGAGCGCAUGACGAUCCACAACGGGCCGAUGCAGUACGACCAAGAGAUGCACUUUCACACAUACGACGUGUACCGUCAUGGCAAGCGGCAGAUCCACACCCGCAGCGUGGGCUACAGCAGCGACGGCGACUUGGUAAUGAUGCGGGAGGACUACUCGGAGCCAAGCGAUGUAGACAACGGCUUCGUGCUCAAGCGGACAGAGAUCUCGGACCCGACUGUGCUGGACCCGCGCGCGAGGCGGCCUUUGACGGACAAGGAGAUGCACAGCAAGAAGAUCCACCUGAACCGCCCACGGUACAAAAAGUACCCUGGUAUUCGCGCUCCAAAGAACCGCAAGGUGCGGAACCGUCUGCUGAACGACUUCUUUGCACACGAGCUGGCGCGAGAGGUCCUCGUCAAGGCGCAGAAGCGUCGUACGCUGAACGCCGACGAGCCAGAAACAUCGGUAGGACCGUCGUUCGCCGACCUGCCGAAGGCGGUCAUGCACGCGUUUGAUCUGGAAGGAGAGGAGCAGCUGCUGGAGUUUGAGCGACUGCGCGUCCACCCCGACAUGCUGGGGCCGCAGCUGCGCAACGUCCGGGCACCGCCGGACCCCGACUCACCAGAGGGUCGCUUCCAGGGUCUCAACACGCGGCUGCGUGGCGAAUUGCAGCACGCUUUGAACAGCGAGUUCCUCACGCAGCAGAUCGAAGACCUCGAGGUGCACUUUUCAGAGUUCAUCAAGGAUAGCUCCAAGUCGCCUGAAUCGCUGGUCUUUCACUUUCGCGAUGGUUACGGUCGGCUCAUCUGCCACGGGGUCGCCGCCUACUACCUGCUCGUGUCCGAGUCCCAUACGGUGAUGAACGGGAGCGGGACAAAGCUGACGUACGUCUCUCUACCCAAAACGCGCCGUCAAGGCGUUCGCGCCGUCAACCCGCCGCGCGUGCCGCUUAUGCUUGUGCUGAAGCGCAACCACCGCAACCUGCCCGCGAAGCAUCGUCUUUCUACCCAGACAACACCGCAGAUUGCGCCGACGCCGGACAUGGUUGCAUUGCCACCUGCGCUGCGUCUGGGGGGUGAUAGCACCGGCAAGGAGGCCGGGGUAGACGACGCGAAGGUGAUGUCACCUCUUGACCUCAACGUACCGGCCAUGCCAAACGUGAGGGCCCAACCGACCAGCGACAGCGACCUUGUCGGUAGGGGCAAGGCGACACAUGGGCACGCGACCGGCGCUCAACAGAUGGACAGCGGCGGGAAGAACCCGACCGUAUUUCGCACCGUGCAUUUAAAGCUGCCGACCGCCGACCCGCUUCCGUUCUACAUUCCCAUGUUGCGCUUGACGCUCUCGGUGGAACAACAGGAGGAUGCCGUGGAGCAGCUGGAUGCGGCGAGCGCUGGUGUCUCGCCGGACUUGGGACCGUUCACGCCCCCCUUGACAGCGACCCAGCGAAAGAAGCUCCGAAAGGCGGAGAGGGUGCGCUCGGCCGAUGCUUCAAAGGACUACUCGACCCGUCGAUGA